AUGUCUGAGAGUGAUUACGAUUCAGCGAACGAGUAUACAAGCCUGAUGGACGGUCACGUCGCGGAGUCUCGCACGGACGACUUGAUCCUGGGCAACGAUCGUCGGAAGGGCCGUUCUAGGAGUCUCAAUGAUGUGGAAAAUGGGAUUCCUGGGGUGCAGAUUGAAGCACCAGGUACAACCGUCAGUCGACUGAACAGACGAGGCACAUCCGGUAACAAUAAUCAAGGUAUACUAAGGCAUUACAGAGACGAGGAAGAGGAAGAUUUGAAAUAUGGUGCGGCGCAUGUGAUCAAGCUUUUUGUCCCUGUUUCGCUGUGUAUGUUAGUUGUGGUGGCAACUAUUAGCUCAGUGAACUUCUAUACAACUAAGGGAAUGUACUUAGUAUACACUCCGUUUCAUGAGGAUAGCUCGGACACGAGUACCAAAGUUUGGCAGGCGUUCGCCAACUCACUGAUUCUCAUGAGCGUUAUUGUAUUUAUGACUGUGAUACUUAUCAUUCUUUAUAAAUACAGAUUUUAUAAAGUCAUACAUGGCUGGCUAAUUAUAAGUUCUCUUCUCUUGCUUUCAAUGUUCUCUGCCUUAUAUUGCGAGCAAGUAUUGAAAGCUUAUAAUAUUCCAAUGGAUCUAUUCACGUUAGGUAUAGGUUUAUGGAAUUUUGGCGUAGUUGGAAUGAUUUGUAUUCAUUGGCAAGGGCCAUUGCAACUUCAACAGGCAUAUCUGAUCUUUAUUUCUGCUUUGAUGGCACUCGUUUUUAUUAAAUAUUUACCUGAGUGGACAGCAUGGGUUGUCCUCGGUGUUAUAAGUAUUUGGGAUCUGAUCGCGGUUUUAACACCAAAAGGACCGCUAAGAAUACUCGUCGAAACAGCACAGGAACGAAAUGAAUCUAUUUUUCCUGCACUAAUAUAUUCUUCCACUGUGUUGUACUCGUUUACCGUAACUUACGCUGGAUAUGUACAAGCAGCUACUAUGGCCUCUGGAGACACAGCGGCGUCUCCUACGCGUGGCCAAGCAGACAAUCAAAAUAAUCAAGCAUCAGGCGAUGCAGAAGAAGGAGGUUUCACUCCUGAAUGGGUAGAAACACACGACGAACGUAGCGCGAGGCGCGCCCAAGAAGUGCGCGAGAACUCGUCUUCAUUAAGUGAAAGCACGAGACAACAAGACAGUCGCCCGCGGGAAUCGCAAGGGCAACCUGCAGUUGCCGAGGAAGAGCGUGGAGUUAAGUUAGGUCUCGGAGAUUUCAUAUUUUAUAGCGUGCUCGUUGGAAAAGCAUCUAGCUAUGGAGACUGGAAUACUACAUUGGCUUGUUUCGUUGCUAUUCUUAUUGGCCUCUGUUUGACGUUGCUGUUGCUGGCCAUAUUCAAGAAAGCGUUGCCCGCGUUACCGAUUUCUAUCACAUUCGGUCUGACGUUUUAUUUUGCCACGAGAGUGAUUGUCGCGCCGUUUGCCGAUAGUUUAGCGAGCGAACAAGUUUUCAUUUAAAUUGAGGUAUGAUAAAUUAUCCUAUUAUUUAGUAUUGCAAAAAUUUAUUGCAAAAAAAUUGACUAAGGGGGGACUCAUUUUUUUCCAUUUUUUUCAAGAUCUUUGUUUUUUUUUUUGAAUUUGUUUAUAUGACUCUUUCUGAUCUAAAAAAAUCAAGACGAAGAGUACCUACAUUUUUAGACAUUUGUCAGAGAAUUGUAUUAAGGUAUAUCAAGUAUGAAUGUGUAUAUGUACGCAUUUGAGUGUGAAUAUGUAAGUGUGAAUGUCGUAAAAUGCUCAGAAAAGGAAAAUAAUAAUUUAAAUUUUUAAUAUAGCAAGAAUAGAACAUAGAAUGCUAGAGGAUGUAAUUACUUAGUAUUUUUCUAUGCGAAGCGAGUUUAUGAAAACGCGCCUCGUUGUGGAAACAGGCGGUACAUUUCAUCGCGGCGACAUGUGAUACACAAAGCGGAAGAAUGCGCUGCAUUAUAACAAUUUAUUGUACUCCAUUGUUACAUUUAUGGAACAUAGGUCUCGUAGAUUCAUGUAUAAAAAAAGCGGAUAACUACGAGAUGAUCGCAGUGAAUCGUAUGAAACGUGAGGUAAUGUCUGUUCGAAUAUAAGUAAUAACUGCCUCGAUUAUACACAUCUCGAUUAGUAUGCGGUAUGCGCCUCUGAAUAGUAUCGUUGCUCUAGAACGUCGAGUUCGCUAAUUAGUUUAUUAAUUAUUAGCCAGGAUGAAUCUGUGGGGUUUUCUCGAAGUCCAGGUUACACACAGCCAUGGAAUAAAUACUUUUUUUUAUCGUACUACUGAAAAGCAUAUUUACUGUACUUGGCGUUUAGUGUUUUUUUUAUAUAGAUUUUAUUUUAAUAUAUUACUAAAUAUAGCGUUUUCUCGAAGCUGGAAGUGUUAUUUUUUUAUUUCUCAUCGCAUUUCUGAUGUUCGUUGACAGUAAAAUGCGAAAUGCCCUGGCUAUGUGAUGAGUAAGCAGAUUUAUAUUAUCUCAAAGACUUCUGCACCACGCCAAUAAGAAGCUUUUCAGAAAAUUUCAAUACUUGAAUCAUACUGCUUGAUCUGAUCAUACAUCGUCAUUCAUAGCAACACGGUGAUACUUCCCAAAAUCGAUAAUCAUUGUGUGAUCAACUUUGGUUUAGUAUUUAAUAAAUUCAAAUAAAUGCUAAUAACUGCAUAACAACUCCAACUUUAACAGUGGUUUGUUAAUUCCUUGCAUAUACGUUCAUACGUUCAUACACGCGCAUGCGCACACGCAUCAUAGACAGGAUACUAAUAAAUAUUUUACCGUUACUUUAAAUAUUAUUAAGUAUUAUUAUUAGUAAAGGCCACAGUAAGAAUAAAGAAUUCACGAGAUACGUAAAUAUCCUCUUUUAAAGUUACAAUUCAAAAAAUUGUCUCGAAACAAAGAGUACACUGCAUUAAAAACAUUUUAACAC